GGUAUCGGGCCGGGAGCGGGCUGCGGAGCAAGGGUGAGGCGGCGGCCGAGCUGCGCCAGUGCCGCGCCGGCCGACCUAGCUAGCGCACCGCCCGCGUCAUGGAGCACUUCAUUGAAACCGUUCGCAAAUACCCCUGCCUGUGGAACACGACGGCCAUCGAGUACAGAGACCAAGAGUUAAAAGACGCGGCUUGGGCCGAAGUCAUGAAGGAGACCGAUCUGUCGUCGGUCAAAGAAGUAAAAUUAAAAUGGAAGAAACUUCGAGAUAGUUACAGGGACGCGCUGAAGAGACAAAACGAGAUGCUAGCCAAAGAUCCAAGCAAUCCUACCAAAAAGUCGUAUCCCUGGAAAUACAUGGGACCGAUGCAAUUCCUACAACCAUACAUGAGCAAUAGGAAAAAACCCGUCGAAUCACCAGUAUAUUCAGCACCGGUAGUCAAGCAAGAAAAUGGUCACCAACAUAACGGGGAAGCCCAUAGUUCUGAGGAGUCGGAGUCCGAAGCAGAAUCAUCACCUAAAAGAAAGAACUGCGAGCAGCUAACCGUGAUCGACAGGAAACUUGACUAUUUAUGUAAAGUCCAAAACAAAAAAAUGUUCACGGAAGCUCAUUACUUGGAGCGGAAAAGGGAGACCCCGCCUCCGACGCUGCCUGACCCUCUGGACAUAUUUUUCAACAGCAUGUGCCAGUCUACUAAAAGACUGCCAUUUCCCACUCAAGUAAAAAUUAAAAAAAUCGUAUUUAAUGCCGUUAUUGAGUCCGAAGAGGCCUUGAUAGCCGAGCAGCAGAGUUACGCCGGUCUCUGGGCUCAGGGAGCGGGGAGUUCUUCGAGCAGCGAGGCCGGAGACGGCGCAGAGGACGAAGACCGGAAACCUUCCUGAGCCCUUCCUUACAGCGGCACAGCGCAUUAUUACAACUGGCUGUAUCAAUAUUACUACGCACAAAACAGCGCCUCCAGCCUCAAUACCGGAUCGUGAACUCGUGGUAAUAAUGGUCGGAAUGCCGCUUCCGAUUUCAGGACUGAUUGCUAAUGAAGUGUUUGUGUUUUAAAAAUGGCGGCAAUGGACGCUUAAAUUUUUGAGGUGUAUUAAUAUAGAAAAAAAAAAGAUCGUGACUAUAGAAUUUAAAGUUUUGAUGCAGAAAAGCAAAUAAUGUAGACCUAAGAUUAAUUUAAACGAGACACACUAAGCAUUUGUAAAGCUCCGUAUAAGCUCUGACGACUGAGUAAGUGAGUAUUUCGAACAAUUUUAACUCCGCCAUUAAACUGAUAAUACGUUGGCUCCGCACGCCAUUUUAUUUUCCAGCAACACAUUGCAGACUAUACGAGUAGCAAUACUUAAUAGUAAUUUUAAAUCCUAUGAUGUGAGUGAUGACGGGUUUACCUAGUUCUUGGUUGGAAACGUUUUCUGUAAACUUCAUAAAGUAAUACAUAUAUGAAUUAAUGUGAAUCAUUUGCAAAUCACAAUUACAGACAAUUACUGACAGCAGCGUUCUCUCCGAUAGAAACAUUAAAGUUUUUGAAAUUUACUAAAUUGUACGUUGUCUUCAGUCAAAGUCUUUUUUUUAUUGCACAAGUCUCAUCAGUGAUAAUCGUAAAACAAGUGUGAACGUAGGAUGGUAUGAUGGUUGAGCUUCGGGGUUUUCAUUAGGUCUAUGAAAAUAUACAAAUCACUACUAAAAUAACGAUUCGCUUCAUUUAUUUUUUUAUUUAUUGUCAAAUCUUUAUUCAAUUCUAAUCUAUCUAUCUAUUCUAAUCUAAUCUAUUCAGACCUAAAAUAGCUCCACUUUUUAAUUUCGUGACUGGACUAUGGCAUGUUAUGUUCUUUAGUCAAUUCCGAGGAAACCUACGUGAUUUUGGACUGAUACACAAAUGGAUAAGAAUUGCUGGAGACAAAUCUAAUUGUGCUUCUAAUUAGGAUUAAACAAUAAUUUUAAAGAUUAGUGAUGAUCGGAAAUAUUUAUUUUUAUGUAUCAAAUUCGUUACCUCUUAAGGAAUAACUCUAGAUAAUAUAUUAUUAAAGUAUUCCAAGUUUACUAUAAAAUCGCCAUCAAGGCGAUGUAAAUACUAUAUGCACUGUAGGUACUGUUACAUGUAGAGAGUAGAUGUUACGGAAGGAACUAUUGUACCUAAAUAUUUGGAAAAAUUCACAGCAAAAGAUCUGAAGUCGGGUCCAAAGAUUUGUGAUUUCGAUUACUUCUGAUCAUAAGAUGAGUGACGGUAUUCUGUUUGUAUUCGAUAAUUACUCGCGAUAAGGCGAACGGAAAGCUCAAAACAAUACAAUAAUUCAAUGUGAAUAAAUAAACUGGGUUUAAAAUAAAUGCUUAAUAAAUCAAACGAGAAAUCUUUUGUAUAUGAGCAGCCCUGCCGCGUGUAACUGAUAAUGAAAAUCUCGACAAUGCACUCAAAACAGUUGGAUGAAGCCUGAACUUGUUCAAAUCAAAGUUUUAUUCAAAAUAUACUUUUACAUCAGGUAAAAACUCGAUAAAUAAUAUUACGGACAUUAUAUAUUCAGAAUGUUAUAACAACGAACCUUUGGCAGUAAUUAAGCUACACGCGCAACAAUUAAGAAGUCAAUACCAUAACCUUAUGUAUUUUUGCAACAAUAACUAUUCUGGCCGCAAAUUGUUCGUCCGUAUCAGUCCUUUUUUUUUUACGCUGGUGAAUCCAUUUACGUAUACCCGGUCGAGGGGGGUAACGGACCGAGCUAUGUCGGACUCCGGCGCCUCCUGAGAGGAAGAAGGGGAGAAGAGAAGGGCCGAGGUCCUUCACCUCCCCCAAUUUCUCACAGGAGACUACGCCUUGAAAAAGGCGCGCGAAGCAUUUGCCCCGCAGAACCGACUACCAUCAUAUCAGUCCGUAUCAGUCCUGCGAAUUCUCGAAACACAAUUUGCACACACACUUCGUGCUAGACUGCCCAGACCGGACGCAAACGUUUGACGGAUCUUACAUCCGGCGCUAACGUUCGUUCGCGUUAUACGAAGAUAAAGAAACGAACCGACACGUUACGCAAAAUAUGCGCCCGGCGUUUUUUAUACUACCUUCUCUAGUAACCUCUAGGGCUUAUACUAGAUUCGCCGGGCGAGUAGUUGAGCUCUUGGGGCUCUAACUUGAUGACGUUGCUAACACUAGCCCUAGCAAGAGCAGUGCUUCGCUGAAUCUACCACCGGAUUGGAAACGCGACCCACUGAGAAGAUCCGGCGAGAAACUCAGUGGGCUAUGUCUGUGGGUUUAUUUACUCGCCAAACCCUUCGUCGCCAGCGACGGGUUCGACGAGACCGGUGACCGAUGCUUGAGGUACAUAAAAGCACCGUUAGUGGUUCGGGAGGAUCCGAAAUGACGUGGUUAAGGCUGCCCGGCGUUAAUAAUCAUCAUUUUAAUUAAUUGACGAAUAACUAAAAAUUGUAUACAGUAAAAGCGCGGACGUAAGCUCUGCAAAUAAGCCGCGAAUAUCGAAAUCGUCAAUAAGGAACUUUUACUGUACUUCUGUAUUAAUUAUGUUAAGUUGGUUGAUAAUUUAAAUGACAUUUCUGCCGUAACCCAGAAUUCUGAUGACUAGAGCAUAUCGCGAUAAACAAGUAUUUUAAAAUUAAAUUAUAGUGUUCACGAUUUUUGUCAUUAAACAAAGCAUUGCUGUGAGCAGGACGAUCCAUCAGUAUUUUUUCAUCGGGAGCUACACGCGGGGGUAAAUACACUUUCGCCUGAAUAAUAUUGCUUGAUCGGCUCUCAGCGAACUACAUACCUACAUAAUAGUAUUUAUAAAUUAUUAGAAAAUUGAUUCGUAGUUACCCGCCCGGAUUAGACCCGUUUUAUAUUAAGAAGAUUAAAUAUAAAUAUUUUAGUAAAUAUCAGAAGAUCUCUAAUGAAAAUAAAUGUUUUUUUCUAAAUACUG